CUGGAUUACCUGCCCCUUUGUAUACAAAGAGUCAGGCACAGACGAAGUAAUGGCGGACGCGAUGGAAAUAGUUAUAAACAGCCAGUCAAUUACAGAUGCUUUGCAGAAAUAUUGUUCAGAAUUCCAAACUAAUAUAUCAGAGCUCAAACCACUACAGUUUAAAGCAGUACAAACAUUAUUAUCAAAAAAAGACUGCAUCUGUGCUCUACCCACUGGUUAUGGCAAAUCAUUAAUUUACGAAAUUUUACCUUUUAUUGUUCCAAAAUGUAUUGUGAUUGUUAUUGUGCCUUUAAAUGCCAUAAUAGAACAGCAAAUACUGAAACUCUAUGGACAAUCUUUUUCUAUGUCUAUGAGUAUAGACACUGUUGACUUAUCAAUUACCAAAUAUUUUUUCUUUCAUCCAGAGACUGUUUUAAACUCUCUUGAAGUGAACAAACUAUUUCGCUCUGUUAAAUUUCAAGAUUAUAACAAGUUUCUUGUAAUCGACGAGGCUCAUUGUGUUAUUGAAUGGGGCGGAGAAUUUAGGAAGGACUUUAAAAGAAUAUACCAACUGAAGUCUCUUGUAAGUUGCCCAAUUCUUGCUUUGUCAGCAACAAUAACAAAAGCAGGUCAAACUGAAAUUGCAAAAUGUCUGCAUUUGACUAACUAUGAAGUUGUAAGUGCUAGCCCUGCAAAAGACAACAUUAAGAUGGUCGUUAUGAAUCGUCCUAGUCCAAACUCCAAAGGGAAUACCUCAUUUACACCAUAUGACUAUAUAUUUGUACCGGUUUUGCAACAACUGAAGAGUGAGAUUGAUAAUUUUGAAAUAACUAUUGUAUAUUGUAAGACAAUUAAUUGGAUUGGUUAUGGAUAUGAACUUGCAAAGCAAAUACUUGGUGAUGAAUUCUACUCAGGAAAACCAUCGGAGAAAACUGCAAGAGUCAUGAUGUACCAUUCAUCUAUGGAAGGCUCUGAUGGGAAGUUGAAGAAACAUAUUGUUGAGACGUUACAGACUGAAAGGUCUACGAUCCGACUGAUAAUUGCAUCUGUGGCUCUAGGCAUGGGUGCAGAUUUGAGGCAUGUUAAGAGGGUGAUUCAUGCUGGACCUCCUACUUCCUUAGAAACUUAUAUACAAGAGAUCGGCAGAGCAGGAAGAAGCCAUGAUGAUGCCCUGGCCAUUCUCUUCUUUAACAAAUCAGACAUUGCAUCUGAACAUAUGACCAGAGAAAUGAAGGACUAUUGUGUAAACUCAACUAUCUGCCGAAGAAGUUUAGUUAACCAGUAUUUUGGUUUUGAAACUCAGGAAGUCAAACAGUUUUCAAUUUGUUGUGAUUUGUGCAAUAAUGAACUGGGGAUAGAAUAUGAUUUUAGUAAACUGUCAGCUAACUAAAAGCAUACAUAGCUUAGUUUUCUUAAACUUCACCAUGACUCGUAAGCACUAUUUUUUAUAAUUUUUAUUACAAUUACUGUUGCUGGUUACACCAUCCCCUUAAAAUAGGGUUGGUUAGUUGGCAACUGUUUUUAUUUUUAUUUUUGGAUGAUAAAAUUGUAUUUUAUGAUUGUACUGCUUAACAAGAUAUUUUGUAGAAUCAUUUGAUAUCUUAUCCUCUCACCUAAUUUAUUUAAUGCCCUUUUGAAAUCUGGUGUUUUUCCUAACUGUUGGAUGGAAGGUAAGGUUUUUCCUCUCCACAAAAAAAAAUGUUAAUAAUGUAAAUAAUUACUGAGGGAUAGUUUUGAAUAGCUCACUAAACUUCUUCGGCAGAUAGUUGAGUUUUCCAAAAUAUGUACGGGCAUAUUUUUAGGCAACAAGUAGUAGAUGUUUUUAAUCAAUCUUGGUUCAAUAGUGUAUCUGCAACUCAUUCUUAACAUUCAUAUUGCCAUUUUUAACAACAUAUAAAGUUAUAUUCUUAUUUAGACUUUGUUACAAAAAAGUAUAGUAUUUGUAUCAAAUUUAAACCAUGUUUUUUAUUUGUUUCAUAUUGCAAAGUAUUAUCUGUUUAACAUGUAGCGUGACAUUUUAUUUUUUAAACUAUAAAUCAUAAGAUUGUUAUUUUUUUAUUGAUUUCAUUGCUAACACAUAGUUAAAUCUUGUUAUUUAUGCAUAAUAUGUCUUUGAAUUUUUGUUUAAAUAGCAGCGAGUAUAGUAUAUUUGUUUUAACUUUUUCAUUGUUAAAGCAUAAGCUUAAAUCUUGUAAAUGAAUUUUUUAAAGUAAUUUACCGGUUCUAUAUGAAUAGGACCUUCUUGAAACAUUUAAGUACAUUUAUUAUUUUAUAUACACUUUGUGUGUAUUUAUUGUUAAGUAUUGAUUCGUGAUAUACACUAUCUGCAUCAUUUACUUUUUUUUCUUCACUGUAAAGAUUGAAGUCUUAAAUUUGGCUUAAUCUGUUCUGCAAAAAAUAAUAGUUUUAUUAAAAAUAAGAUUUGUUGAUUAAUUGAAUUUUCACAUCUUUUUAGGAAAGUCUAUCCUCGAAUAUUUUAGAUAUCUUAAAUAUAUUUGAUUAGGUUGAUUUUUUUAUCAUUUAUGUUUGAUGAAAAUUUAUAUAUUCUAUGUUGACUUAAUGCAAAUGUUAGUAAGGAGAGUGCGUAUGGGUGAAAAUGUGUGAGAAUGGUACGGGAGUUUCGUGAUUUAUGAUUAUAAAUUAACAUUUGAUUAUAACGAUAUACCAUGUAGUAUAAGUUACCUAAUAAAGGUCUGUUCUGUUCUUAAUUGUGCUUCUAUGCUUAUUUUACUUAAAAAAAAAAUCAAAUAUACCUUAAAAAGAACUUAUUUAUAAAUAAUUGACUUUUGACAUAUUUAAAGAAAGUGUCAAUCAAAAAGAUUGGGUGGGAAUAGAAAAAAGAGGGUCAAUCUGGUGACCAGAAACAAGAUUGUUUUUUUCGGCCUUAUGGGAAACAGUUUCUGUAAUAAAAAAUCCUUGUCUAUAAAAAUGUUUGUAAAAUUUAAACAUUCUAUGUAAUUUGAAUAAAGAGUUCAGAACUA